CAGCGUGCGACCUCUGGAGGAGUUAUCCAACAAACGGCUUGUGUAACUGAGGCAAGUUUGCUUCUCUAAAAGUCAGAUCCUGUUUAUUUUAUCAGACUUUAGCGACGCAGAUGUUUUCCACAGUUAGACGUAGUUUGGUGUCGCGUCUGGCCACAUUACACACAUCAGCGGCAGCACCUUCUCUCUGCAGACACCAACACCGGACCUUCAGCUCUGAGUCUGCCGCUGUCAAGGUGCUGUACGAUGGACUUUGUCCCAUAUGUGUGACAGAAAUCCGGUUCCUCCAGUUUCUGCAGAGAAACAAACCUGGGAAAGUGAAUUUCAUUGACAUCGCCCUGCCAGACUACGAUGCAGGGAAAUAUAAGGACGUGAGCUAUGAGAUGGCCAUGGAGGAAAUGCAUGUGAUUGAUGAGAAAAAUGAGGUUCAACGUGGGAUCCCAGCGUUUGCAGUCAUGUACGGUGCCGUGGGCCUCGGUUUUUUGGGUCGCUUCAUGAUGUGGCCAUGUGUGAGGCCAUUUAUGGACAAAUCCUAUGCUAUUUUUGCCAGGAACCGCCUGAAGUGGACCGGGCGUGGCGGAGAAUGCACUGCAGGGCGUUGUGAAAAGAAAACUUAAUAACCUUUGACCACAGGGGGGAAAAAACAUGUUGAACAAGUUAAUUAAUUGUAAAGAAGGACUAGUUAAACAUUUGGUUAUCAUGACCUCAACUGGAAAAGUUUUAAGAGUCUGCUGAAGAUAAGUGAGCUACUGUACAAUAUGAAGUGAAACCAUUGCUUAAUUGUUAAUGACUUUGCAGGUGAGGCUGUUGGUGUGGCCUUAUAUUCAGGUAGAAUAAAACAAGCAUCACGUUAAUAGUGGUGUAAAUAUGAAAACGUGUAAGAAAUGAUUUUGUAAGAGGCAACAACAAUGGCUAUAAACUAUAAAAGAGAUUCUGCAAUCCC